GAUUCCUUCUCCGCAGCGGGAAGUCGUGAUUUUCCAUCCGACCUGCGUUGCUUUUGCUUCCACGGCACGUCCCCGAAAAAUGUUAAUGAAAAAGCGAGCUAAGUGAACGAUUAUAAGUUUCCUGUUCACCAAACAAACAAAUUCGGACCAAAACCCUAUUCACAGUCCAAAGCGAUUGCAAUUAGCUGGAGUUGCAGCAAAUCGUGAUAAGGAACAUGCAAUUGCCCUGAGAAUGGCUUAGCCAAGUACAAUUUCGAUUGCAUAAGUUCGUUGGGAUUUCCAAUUGACUGCUUACAUCAGACCCCCAAUCGAAAUAACACCGUCAAUUUCUGAUUGAGAAUCUGAGAGAAGCUAACGAGAUGAGCAAGCUCCAGGUGAUUGUGCAUCCCGUGAAGAAGGAGUUCCAGCGCAAGAGCUGCGGAUUCGACCAUGAUGCGCCCGAUGAUUUUGUCAAGUCCCAGUGGCAGUCAUGUACCAAGAGCAUGACCUACCUAUUUUAUCGCUGGUUCAUGGCCCUUUUCUUUGUGGUCGUGGUAAUCAUCUCGAUGUGGCCAGAAGAGAACGAUCCGAGCAGUUACUGGCUAUAUUUUAUCUACAUGACCAACUGGGGCAUAUGGAUGUGCAUGCUAACGAACGUACUGGGAGCAGUUCUAGUCAGCAUUUGGCACUAUCACCCAGAGUGUGCGGACAAACUCUUGAACGUAAAGAGUUCCUUCAGCUAUUUUCGCCUGUACUGGGGCAUGCACAUCAUUUCAUUGGUCCUGUCUAUUGUCAUCACCAUUAUCUACUGGAGUCUUCUUUAUAAUGCUAAUGAGAGCACUUUGGACGCCACGAAUGUACUUACUCAUGCAUUCAACUCAAUUUGCAUGUUCAUCGAUCUGUGGAUUGUGGCACAUCCCCUGAGGCUGCUGCACAUAUUUCUGCCAGUAUUAUUCGGAGUUGUGUUUGCCAUUUUCUCCUACAUCUAUCAUUUGUGCGGGGGAAUCAACAAGAAGGGCAAGCCUUAUAUCUACUAUGUGAUUGACUGGAGCCAGCCUGAAAAUGCCUUUGUCACCGUUGUUGGCGUACUCGUCCUGUCCUGCUGCAUUUAUGUCCUGCUCUUUGCAUUCUUCAAGCUGCGAUUAUUCCUCCAUCGACGGUGUCGUAAUGCCAAUUUUGUACUCCCUACCAGUGCAAAAUCAAAUGGCCAAGCUAAUGGCUUGGAUGACAAAUCCGGAAAUGGAAUACAGCACUCGCCCUCGCGCAUUUCAAUGGUGUUGGGCAAUUUCGCUGGCUAUGAGAAUCAGGCCUAUUUGACCUCUGGCGAGGUCCCAAAUAAGAGCUAAUAUCUCCGUGUACCUCUAAAACUUAGGAUUUAGUUUAGUCAAAUUAUUGUGUAGAAUUUAUAAUCAGUGAUAUUAUAUUUUAUUGUUUGGCAAUAAGUUAAUAAAUAUGUUCUGUGCAGGAUAA